AGCUCGAUAUUGCUCCAGUCAGGAUAUGAUUUGUUGAUGUCGUCAGCGCGAUGAAUUCCGUCACAUAAAAUAUGCACAAAAUCGUCAAUAACGAUCAGAACAAGAUAUUGGUCAUCGCAAAGUCAAAUGCUCAAUCUCUGCGGAAGACUUUUCUACACUCGUGCCUUCUGAAAAUGUCGCUCUCUCAGCCUUGGUCGCAUAGUUUUGAAAUCUGUCAAGAACACAAUACGCAGAAGCGCAUCAGCUAUUCACGGCUACAUCGAUCAAUUGGACGUCUCCGUGUAUUCCUAACAGAUGAUAACUCUAUAUUGAAAUCAACAAAUAAAUUUAUUAAAAUGUAUAUUUUAGUAUUUUCCACAGUUAUCAUGGCACAAUCAUACUCCUGGGCAAAAAAAUACAACAGUCGAUUUGGCUUGUUCAUAGAAAGUCAGUACUUCCAAAAUGUUCUAGCUCCGCAGGCAGCUGAAAUAUGA